AUGGCUGGUCAGGUACGUUUCUGUGAAAUGUUGAUGACUGAGAACUGCAAAGUCAAGCUAGCCCAAAGCUACCUCUUCGCUUUGCUCAAGUCAAGAGAAAAGCGCCGCCUGGACUUUUAUGAAUUCAGUACUAUUGCUAACCGUUUCCCUCAAUUGGUCUCUGAGCAAGUCAUGAAGCUGAAGCAACUAACUGUGCUUACUCUGGUUGACACUAACAAGAGCUCUGGAAAGUCAUAUGACGUACUUUGUUCAAGAGCUCAUAGGGCGUGCAGUGGGACGGGCGGGAAGCACAAUUUCAACAAGGAGAGCACGAAGUCGGAUUUUAGGGACCCAUGUUAG